AUGAACGCCGGGGGAAGUAAGUCACCUAUUCGGAAGGUCCAAGGAUUGAACUCCACGGAAUCGGCAUCAGAGUAUAUCCCUUCCGAUGCGCAAACGUCCACCUACCGUUCGGUAUCAACUCAAUACUUGGGGGAUAACUCCGUGAGCCCGCGAAGGCGCUUGGAAGACUAUGAUGCCGAAGGAAUCCCAAGCCGAGACCUUGUUGUCCGACUCCUUUUUCAGAAGGUCCAGAAAAUGGAAAACGACAAGGCUCACUCCCAGGAACCCGAGUGGGGAAAGCUUCGGCUCGGGCCGUUCACGAGACGCAUCCGUCGCUCUCAGCAGGAUCGAGAAGUGCAGCCCUUGCGCAUACCAUUCUACACGGGUACCGAAGAUCCUUUAACCCACCUUCACUCAUUUCAGUCUGCUAUCGGAUGCAAGGGUCUGAGCGACGAGGGGCAAUGCCUGCUAUUCCCGUCUUCACUUACCGAGGCAGCCCUGAAUUGGUUCUACUGUCUGGAGCCGGAAACGGUGGAUUCUUUUGACGAGCUAAAGCAAAUUUUCCUCAAUCACUUCAUGAUUCAAACAGACCGUCUUUACUCUGCCGAUGAUCUGUACACGAUUCGGCAGAGAGAGGACGAGCCACUAAGAGAGUAUGCGGCGCGCUUCAGUCACGAGUACUCGAGGUGUCCGGAAACAGACGAUAGGGAAACACCAAAAGUUCAUUGGGAACCGAUCACAUUUUACCAAGAGGAAGAAGAGGGAAUCCUCUAUCCCCACGACGACCCGAUGAUCAUCCGAGCUGAAAUUGCCGAUUACGAUGUAGGGCGAGUGCUGAUCGAUACCGGGAGCUCCGUAAGCGUAAUCUUUGCUGAAGCUUUCAGAGAGAUGGGAAUCAAUGACAACCAAGUCGACCGGCAGUUGACACCUCUGUUAAGCUUCUCUGGAGACCUGGUCCAACCGAUAGGUAGUGUCAGACUGCGAAUUACAUUCGGCACUGCGCCGAGAAAGGCGACGACGUACGAUCAAUUCCUCAUCGUCGACUGCCCGACGGCAUACAACGUCAUCGUUGGCCGAACGGCACUGACAAGGAUCAAGGCCCACCUUUCACCCCACAUGCUGUUGAUGAAGUUCCCAACCCCGAACGGCACGGGGGCAAUCCGGGGAAAUCAGUUGAGUGCGCGAACUUGCUACGCUACGGCCCUCAAGGCGACAUCUUUCAAACUCCCCAACGAGACCAUGGCUAUGCAGGACUUGCCGAACGGCACGGGACCGGUUGACGACCCCAGAGAUGAGUCGCCUACUCCUCACGCGCAACCUACCGAAGAAUUGGAAACCGUAACCUUGAGCGAUGAGCAGCCGGAUCGACAGGUUAAAAUCGGCAGCAGACUUUCUGCAGACCUCCGAGCGCAAUUUAUAGACUUCUUGCGCCAUCAUUCGGAAGUAUUCGCAUGGUCUUACGAGGACAUGCCCGGCAUCGCCCCGGACGUCAUCAGCCAUAAACUUACCAUUUCCCCCGCUUACAAACCAGUAAGGCAGAAGCGCCGUUCAUACGAUGCCGAACGGUAUGAGGCGAUGCGCACGGAAGUCGAGAAACUUCAAACCAUCGGUUUCAUCCGGGAAGCAACAUAUCCGGUAUGGCUUGCUAACUCCGUCAUGGUAAGAAAGUCCACGGGCGGGUGGCGGAUGUGCCAAGACUAUACCGACCCCAACAAGGCCUGCCCGAAGGACAGCUUUCCGUUACCACGGAUAGACCAGCUCGUGGAUGCCACUGCCGGCCACGAACUGCUGAGCUUUAUGGAUGCCUACUCCGGCUAUAACCAGAUAUUCAUGCACCCUCCCGACAGCGAACAUACCGCAUUCAUAACGGACAAAGGGAUAACUGCCGAAGAUCACCUGCAGAACUUAUCGAUCAUGUUCGGCAUACUCAAAGAGUACAGGAUGAGGCUGAACCCGAAGAAAUGCGCCUUCGGUGUAUCUUCCGGGAAAUUCCUCGGAUUCAUGAUUAGUCAGAGGGGGAUUGAGGCGAAUCCCGAAAAAAUAAAGGCAAUCAUCGAUAUGGAGAGGCCGAAGACGACGAAGGACAUUCAGAGCCUUACCGGACGCGUGGCCGCCUUGACCCGUUUCAUAUCGAAGGCUACCGAUAAAUGUGUACCGUUCUUCAAAGCCUUGAAAGGGGGCAAACGGGAUAUCACAUGGACUGCCGAAUGCGAUAACGCAUUUCAAGCCUUGAAGAACUACAUGAGCAAAGCCCCCCUUUUGUCAAAAUCGCUGCCUGGGGAAAUUCUCUACCUCUACCUUUCGGUAUCCGGAACUGCCGUCAGCUCGGUAUUAAUUCGGAAGCCAGAGAAGGCAGAAUUACCAAUUUUCUACGUCAGCAAGGCACUCCAGAGCGCGGAACUUCGGUAUCCACCAUUAGAGCAGCUGGCUCUAGCCCUUGUUGUCUCGGCACGAAGACUUCGGCCGUACUUCCAGGCACACGGGAUCAAAGUCCUGACCAACCAACCACUCCGGCAAGUGCUCCAGAAACCAGAAAUUUCUGGCCGAUUGAUCAAAUGGGCGAUCGAACUCGGGGAAUUCGACAUACAGUUCGUACUGAGGCCCGCGGAAAAGGGCCAGGCUGUUGCCGAUUUUAUCUCCGAGCUCACCCCAGCAACAAUACGGCCGACACCUGAGGCGAUUACUGAGACCAUCUUGCCGGAUCAACCAGGCGCCGAACGCCUCGACACAUCAACUCCCAUCUGGGGUUUGCACGUCGAUGGCUCGGCAAACCAGCAAGGAUGCGGAGCAGGCUUGGUGCUGACAACACCGAACGGACUCAAAAUUGAGUACGCCCUCCGAUUCGACUUCCGGACAUCCAACAAUGAAGUGGAAUACGAAGCCCUCUUGGCCGGCCUUCGGUUGGCCAAGAGCAUGAAUGCAAAGCAAAUCCGAAUUCACAGCGACUCUCAGCUCAUUGUGAACCAGGUAACGGCAGACUUCGCCGCCAAGGAUGCCUCCAUGUACGCCUACCUUUCAACCGCCCAUCAGCUACUCCGAAGCUUCCAAGCAUAUGAGAUCAAACAGAUCCCCAGAGGCGAAAACAGCCAUGCCGAUGCUUUGGCAAGACUCGCUUCGGCGAUAAACGACAAAGUCGGAAGAAAGGUACUAGUGGAGAUCCUUGCCCAACCGAGCACGGUAACCUCCGAAGCGUGUGCCGUACGGUAUGAGGAUACAUGGAUGUCUCCCAUCUACUUAUACCUGACGAACGGCACCCUUCCUGAGGAUAAAGCCCAGGCCCGGAAGCUGAGAUACCGAUCGGCAAGAUACACUGUCAUCAACGAUGUGCUCUACAAGCGUGGCUACACCACCCCAUAUCUCAAAUGUCUUACGGCAGAGCAAGGGGACUACGUCCUUCGGGAAAUUCAUAACGGUGUAUGUGGCGACCAUUCCGAGUCCCGAUCUCUCGCCUACAAAGUCUUUCGGCAGGGAUACUUUUGGCCAACCAUGCAUCAGGACGCUAAUACACUGGUGAAGAAGUGUGACAAAUGCCAGCGCUUCGGUAACAUCCCACAUAUCCCUGCUGAACCUCUCACGCCGAUCGUGAGUCCUUGGCCUUUCGCACAAUGGGGACUGGACCUGAUUGGCCCAAUGCCGCAAGACAAGGGUCAGGUAAAAUAUGCAGUGGUUGUCGUUGACUACUUCACCAAAUGGGUAGAAGCCGAACCCUUGGCAACCAUAACGGCAGCAAGAAUCGAGGAAUUCGUCUGGACUCAUAUUUGCUGUCGAUUCGGUAUCCCGUAUGCAAUCAUCACCAAUAACGGCCGGCAGUUUGAUUCGGAACUUUUUCGGCAAUUUUGCAUCCGUUUGAAGAUCAACUUGUUUUUUGCAUCACCAGCCCAUCCACAGUCGAACGGUCAGGUUGAAGCAAUAAACAAAAUAGUGAAGAAGCUACUGAAACGGCAGCUAGACAAGGCCAAAGGAGCCUGGCCGGAUAAGCUUCCAGAGGCACUUUGGGCCAUUCGGACGUCCUACCAAACGUCCACGGGGGAAACCCCUUUUUCCUUGGCUUUUGGUUCGGAAGCGGUGGUGCCUGUGGAAAUCGGCGAGCCUUCCUACCGAAUGGAAACCUUCGCACUCAAGCGGAACGAGGAGGCCAUGUCGCUAAGCCUUGACCUACUCGAGGAGCACCGAGCACAGGCCAACCUUCGGAACGAAGCCUACAAACAGCGCGUGUCUCGAUAUUACGACUCUAGGGUCCGACCCCGCUCUUUCCGAAUCGGGGACUGGGUCAUGCGCAAGGUAUCGCUUGCAACGAAGGAUACCACGGAAGGAACCCUCGGACCUUCCUGGGAAGGACCUUAUGAAAUCAUCGGCAUCCUCCGCUCGGGAACUUACCGACUACGAGGCUCCAACGGCAAGGCCCUCGGCCAUCCUUGGAACGUAGAACAUCUCAAGUACUACUACAAGUGA